UUAAAAAUAGGCGGGAAGAAUUAUAAAUUCAUUAUUUUUGCUGUUUUCUCGCAUUUAAUUAGUUUAAAAUGAAUAGUGAUAUAGGGAAAAUUAAAUCUGUUGCUGUUCGUAAUUUUAUAACGUACGAUGAGCUUAAAUUCAAUCCAGGAAGUCAUCUGAACAUAAUUAUUGGACCAAAUGGAACUGGAAAGUCUUCAAUUGUCGCUGCAAUCAUUUUGGGAUGUGGAGGAAAGCCGAGUAUUAUGUCUAGAGCAAAAGAUGUAUCUGACUAUGUUAAGAAUGGCAAGGUUAAAGCUAAUAUUGAGGUUGAAUUGAUCAAAAGUGAUAAUGGAGAUACAACCAUAUUUAAUCGUAGUUUUGAUAAGGAUUCUAAGGAAGUAUUUAAGAUUGAUGGCGAAAAGGUAUCGUCUAAAGUCUAUUCAGACACUGUAAAAAAUAAGUACAACAUUCAUGUUGACAAUCUGUGCAUGUUUCUCCCACAAGAUCGUGUCCAAGAUUUUACAAAAUUAAAUCCACAAGAGAUCCUUUACAAUACUCAAACAAGUGUAUGCUCACAAGAAAUUAUUGACCAUUUUGAGUCAUUGAAACAGAAGCGAGAGCAACAAAAGAAUGUGACCAAAAAUAAUGCUGAUAUUCAAGUUCAAUUAGAGGAUCAUGUUAAUCGUAAUAGUCAGCUUCAUUCGUUGAUUGAAAACAGUAAAUUAAAGGAUAAAUUAAUUAAAGAACUAGACAUGCACAAGAAGAAACAUAAUUGGCUUGAAUAUGACAGUGUUAAGAAAAGAUAUGAUGAGGCUUCUAAUGAUGUUAAAAUGCUCCGUGAUUCGAUUGAUAACAAGAUAGCAUUAUUAAAGCCAUUGGAAAAGCGACAAGCUGAAAUUGCAGGAACAAAGAAGAACCUUCAAACAUCAAUAUCCAAAAGUGAUGCAUUAAUGCAUCAAUGUACAAAUGAUAUUGAUAAACUACUCGAUACAGCAAAUAAUCUAGAAAGUGAAAUAAGUAAAGUACGUCAAGAUUAUCGUAAUGCUGUAACUAAUGCAAAGACAAAUGAAAAAGAUAUUAAAGAACACGAAUUCCUUGUAUCGUUAGACAGAAAGGAAUAUGAAGAGGCGCAAGAAAAUUUGCAUGCCGAAGGAGAUGUUAAUAAUUUGAUGAACAGCUUUGAUAAUGGUUUGAGGACAAAUAAGGCUCAGGUUGAGGACAUAAUGCAAAAGAUGGAACAUAUGAAUCGAAAUCUUGAUGAAAAUAUAAUUCCACAAAUUCAUAAUUCUAAACGAAAGAUCGAGCAGAUGAAUGAUACAGGACGUCAACGAUUUAAUAUCUUACGAACAAAAUUCGAGGAUGCAUAUCAAGCAUAUCAAUGGCUAGAAGUACAUCGCCAAAAUUUCCGUGGACAUAUCUACAAUCCUGUAAUUACAGAAAUUACAGUCACAGAUCGUAAAUAUGUAAAAUAUGUAGAAAAUACCAUUGCAAAUCGUGAUUUCGAGACAUUCUUAUGUACUAACAAAGAGGAUAUGAAGGAACUCAUUAUGAAAUUCAGAAAUGAAUUAAAACUUAAUGUUAAUGUUGGAUAUACAGAUCCAGAUGAAACUCUUCGCUAUCAAACAGAACUUCCAGUUGAUCGUAAUCUUAAAAAUUUGGGAAUAAUUGCAUACGUAAUUGAUGUCAUCAAAGGACCAAUUCCUGUCCUUAAUUAUCUCUGUUCUCUCUAUAAAAUUCAUAAUACAGCAAUUGGAAGUGACAAGACAUCACAAUGUGCCAGUCAACUUCCUGACAAUAUUAGCGUUUUCUUUUCAACAAAUCAUCGAUUUUGCGUAAAUAUCUCUACUUACACAGGAAAGAAAAGCACAUCCUCGGCAGAAAUUCAUUCAAGAAAUAUUCUCAACAUUGGUAUUAAUCAAGAUGAAUUGGCAGCAGAACAGCAACGCUUACAAAGACUGAUUGAAAAAGCUGAAGAGAUCAAAGUACAACGCAUUCCAUUGCAACAACAAAUUAAAAGAAUAGAAGAUCAGUCAAAUGAGAUUCGUAAUGAAAAGAAUGCUCUUAAUGGAAGAAUUAGAAAUCUCAAGACCAUUGAAAAUAAAUUAAGGAAGAAGGAAACAGAACUUGAGAAUCUAAAGAAUCAUAAAAUUAAUGUUAAUGAGGAACGACAGAAGAGCAAAAAUAGGGUCGAUCAGAUUGUUCGAGCAAUUCUUGCUAAUAAUCUUAAAGCAUGUCAAACACUUGAAAAAUAUAAGGAUUAUCAUGUGCAAAAUUCGUUGGCCAGAAAGAAGCUGCAAAUAUUUGAUGAUAGUACUGGAAAUGUGGACGAACAAAUUGAUAAAUUAAAGUAUGACAUGAAUAAAGUUGAAGAGACAUUAAGACGUGCAAGUAGUGCAUCUAAAGCACUUGAAGAUGAGAUGAAUAGAAAGAAGGAAGCUGCUAUGAAAGAAACUAAUGGACAGUCACCAGAUAAUCCAAAAUUCAAGUACAAGAAGGAUUUUAGUAAAUUGCCAGACACUCAAGAAGCACUUUUAGAUAAAAUCUUUGAAAUGCAAGGCAGAAUUGAUUGUAUUCGAGGAGUUGAUCCGAAAGUUUUAGCUGAAUAUGAUGAACGGAAGCAGAUUAUUGAAGAAUUGGAGCAUCAACUAAAGAGUGAACAAGAACGAACGCAACAGCUUGAGAAACAAUUACAAACUUUACAUAAUAAAUGGUUCCCAGAAAUUGAGCGAAUUGUUGAGACUAUUAACAACAAUUUCUCAACAUUCUUUGCUAAAAUGGGUUUUGUCGGUGAAGUUGAGCUAGUAAGAAAGGAAGAACGUGAUUAUAAUGAUUAUGGAAUUCAAAUUCGAGUACAAUAUCGUGAUAAUGAAAAGUUGCAAGCAUUAAAUAGACAUGUCCAAAGUGGUGGAGAACGUGCUGUUGCGAUUGCCAUUUAUACACUGAGCCUUCAACAUCUUACAGUUGUUCCGUUCCGAUGUGUUGAUGAAAUUAAUCAAGGAAUGGAUCCUAAAAAUGAACGAAAAAUCUUUCAAAUGCUCGUCGACAUUACAUGUCAGCCUGGCCAAUCUCAGUAUUUUUUUGUAACUCCAAAGCUAUUGCCCAAACUCCCGUUCAAUGAUCUUAUGACUGUUAGUGUAGUUCAUAAUGGAAAAUAUAUUGAAGAUUCUUAUGUCUUUAUGAACUAAUUUUAUUUUAAGAAGAAAAAAUAUCAUAUUUUGAGAAUAAACUUUACUUUAAAACGAA